AUGAGACUGUGAUGGAGUGAUGUAAAAAAUCAGCAGCUACUAAACUGCUCAGAAAUCAAAUCCACGGGAAGAAAAUGUGCCAUGCAUGAGUCUCACCAGUAACUCAAAUAUGACUACUCAUAAGAAGACAAUCAGCAAGCAACAGAGACCAGCUCUAAGAAUCCCAUUUGGUCACCGACGUAGAACAGAUAUAUUGCUCCUCAAAAAUGGUCAAAUGACGUUGAAACACCCACAAGCCUUUCCAAUGCUGGGAGAACUUCCUUCUUUGGCAGGCUUACUGCUGCACCCUGGUAAGCGGGAAAAGAUGGUAACCACAACAGAAACUGAAUUUGGACCCAAAACCUGCCCAAAAGUAGAGCCAAAGAAGAUCCUACAGUGCAGCCUAACUCUAGAUGGUGACAGGAGUUUCAACACAACAAAUAGAGAGGAUUACCCUUAUUACAAACCAGAUGGCACUCCAAUCGUGUGGCAGGGAAAAGCCCCCGCAAGAGAAAACAGGACUGGCCAAGCACAGAGAGGUUCUCUUUACCAGCAGGACUUCCCUGCUCCAAAGAAAAUCUACAUCAGGAGAAAUCAGGUUGUACCUCAUCCUGACAACCUGGCGAUCAACACUUCAAUGAGAGCUGAAUACAAAACAGUGCAGAAAGAGGCUUUUCCAGGCUGGGAUGUGUCUGUGCACGCGCGUCCAACACCUGCCCGUCUCAAAAGAACAGCUGUAGCUGACAGUUAAAGGCCAGAAAAAACCGUCAAAGUGCAUUUAUACAAUGGAUGCAUAAAUAACAGAAAAAGCUUCUUUAAACCACACAUUUAUGUUAGUCAGCUUUACUUUUGUGUCUUUCAACUGUACUACAUGUAGGGUGUCCAUACGGGCCAUUUUUAUGGGACGCACCCUUGCCAGGAUUUCAAUAUUGCCUAAAAUAUCCAGGUUUUGGCUGUUAGCACUAUGCAGAUUAAUUGAUCGUUGUAUGACAUUAUUUCAUGAGAGCUACAGAGAGCAGAGCAGAUGGCUCCUUAUGCUUUCAAAUCGCUGGUGUUGGUGUUAUUCAAUGAUCAGCAGCUUUAACCCUUAUGGGGUCUUCGGGGUCUUUCUGACCCGCAAAUGACAUUUGCUAAAAUUAAAAAUAGGUUUUUAUACAAAAACAGGUUUUUAUGUAAAAUGCACUUUAUAAAAGUCCCACAUUUCUAACUUUGAUUCAUGGGGAUA